GGGUGUGUUCCGGGACCCGCCUAUGCGCUGUAUGGAUUUGGAGGCCACGUGGUGUGCUAGCAACGUGAACGCGAAGAAGUGGCCAUGGCCGACUUGGACCUCGUCGCGACUAUCGAGGACGACGACGAAGUGAAAGUCGCCUCGGAGGAGAGCGACUCUGGCGACGACGAGGAUGGGACCGUCGUGAAGAAGAAAAAGAAGAGGGCCCAGCCGGUGGUGCGUGGCCGCUGUGCCGACUUCAGCGAUGACUUCGCGUUCCUGGAGCGCGACGGGGAGAUCGCCAUUGACUGGGAGCGGGACAUCUUGCUGAUGGCCAAGAAGAAGCGUCAUGCAACCACGCUGGAUGAGAAGAUUGCGGAAGUGAGGCGCAAGAGAAAGAAGGCGGAAACCUCAGAAAACGACGACAAAGGGAAGGAAGAUGAAGAUGAAGAGGAUAGAGCAAAGGCUGAGGAGAACGGAGAGAAGGAAGCAGAAAGCAGCGAAGAGGGUGACGAGGAGAGUACCAAUGAAGCGACGGGAUCCUCGUCGGACGAUGACGUUCAGAAAUCCGACGUGUUAAAGGAAAAGGUGAAAAAGAAAAAGAAGCUUAAAGGCGAAGAGAAGCCUUUCUUCGAAGAUGCGCCUUUCGUUGAUAAAAACAUCACCUUCCCGGACAUGAACCUCUCUCGGCCUCUUCUUAAGGCGAUAUCCAGCAUGGGGUUCCAGCAGCCGACACCCAUCCAGAAGUCCUGUAUCCCCGUGGGGCUCCUGGGCAAAGACAUCUGUGCCUGCGCUGCAACAGGCACCGGCAAGACGGCGGCGUUCAUGCUGCCGGUGCUGGAGCGGCUCGUGUACAAGCCGCGGCAGGCCCCCGUGACGCGAGUGCUCGUGCUGGUGCCAACCAGGGAGCUCGGCAUCCAGGUGCACUCGGUGACGCGCCAGCUCUCGCAGUUCUGCAACGUGCAGACCUCGCUCGCCGUGGGCGGCCUGGACAUCAAGACGCAGGAGGCGGCGCUGCGUGCGGGCCCCGACAUCCUCAUCGCUACACCCGGCCGACUCAUUGACCACCUGCAAAACUGCCCGUCCUUUGAUCUGAGCAGCAUCGAGAUUCUCAUCCUGGACGAGGCUGACCGGAUGCUGGACGAGUACUUCGAAGAGCAGAUGAAGGAGAUCAUCCGGCAGUGUUCGCACCAGCGGCAGACGAUGCUCUUCUCUGCGACAAUGACCGACCAGGUGCAAGACCUGGCGGCGGUGUCGCUGAAGCACCCGGUGAAGAUCUUCGUGAACAGCAACACGGACGUGGCCCCGUACCUGCGGCAGGAGUUUGUGCGAAUCCGCCCCAACCGGGAGGGAGACCGCGAGGCCAUCGUAUCAGCGCUGCUGACUCGCACCUUCCAGGACCACGUGAUGGUGUUCACGCAGACCAAGAAGCAGGCGCACCGCCUGCACAUCCUGCUGGGGCUGCUGGGGCUGCGCGUGGGCGAGCUCCACGGGAACCUGUCCCAGACGCAGCGCCUGGAGGCCUUGCGGAGGUUUAAGGACGAUCAGAUUGACAUUCUGGUGGCAACGGACGUGGCGGCACGUGGUCUGGACAUCGAGGGUGUCAAAACCGUCAUCAACUUCACGAUGCCGAGCACCAUCAAGCACUACGUGCACCGCGUCGGGCGCACAGCGCGUGCCGGUCGCGCCGGCCGCUCCAUCUCACUUGUCGGCGAGACGGAGCGUCGGGUCCUCAAGGACAUCGUCAAGCAGGCCAGAUCCACCGUCAAAAGCCGCGUUUUGCCGCCAGAGGUGGUGGAGAAGUUCCGAGCUAAGAUUGAGAACAUGGAGAAGGACAUCUACGCAGUGCUACGCCUGGAGCGAGAAGAUAAAGAGCUCUGCGCCUCCGAGAACCAGCUCAGUAAGGCGCAGAAGCAGCUGGACGGAACGGUGCAGGACGAGGCGGCGAGGACCUGGUUCCAGACCAAGAAGGAACGCAUGCAGGAGAAGGCCAAGAAGGCGCUGCAGCAGUACGACACGGCCCUGAUGGGCAAGAAGAAACGGCAGGAGCACGUGAAGGAGCUUCGCAAGAAGCAGCAGACGCCCGAAGACCGGGCCCAGUUUGAGAUCGUCAAGGCGCAGAUGUACGCCGAGCGCAUGAUGAAGCGCAGCCGCAAGCCCAAGAGGGCUCGAGUCAUGCCGGAAGACGUGCCCCGUCCCAAAGAAGACACACGCCCCACCAAGAUCGCCACGUUUGACCGGGAGCUGACCAACACGAGCCGCAAGGCCCUCAAGCAGUACCGCGCCGGCCCGACGUUUGACGAGCGCAAGAAGCUCGGGAUGGACACCCGCAGGAAGGGCGGAAAGUUCAAGUCCCAAGCCCGGUAUAAGAGGAAGUGAUGGCGUUCACUCGAAGAGGGAGGGCCUGGCGUGCUGGGUGGCGGUGGGCACAUUCUGACUUAAGCCCAGUGCUGACCCAGCCCUUGGGCUUCGUGUUUGCCACCCAACUUGGACAUUUCAUUCCAUCCACACACGAUCCAAUCAAGACCCGACCACCUUACCUGCGUUAUCCAUUUAGGUCCACUAAUCUUCUUGUGAUCAGUUUCCAUCAAUUGUGAAUAUUGUUGUUAUUUUAACUUGGCAGAGGGCCUGUUGUUUUGAUCGGAUGCGGCCCGUUCAGAUUUGGUCACUUUGUACAAUAUGCCAAUCUGGAUUAAACUUAUUUACUUAUUUUUUUAUUAUACCAGGUAAGGCCCAUUGAGCUAUAAAGUUAUUUUUCAGAAGCGACCUAGCUACGAUUGAUAGCUCAACGAAGUGGCUUAUCAUCAUGUGGAAAGUUAUAGCAGCCAAAUACUCUAAAAGCAUGUUUCUAAAUGUGGUGGGCAAAACCGAAGGACCCGGAAUAAAAUCCACGUGACCACGGUGAAGAACAUGCAGACUUAAAAUUUACAGGCAUUUAUUUAUAUAAUAUAUAUAAAAUAUUUUCCGUUUGGCACGUUCUGUGGCAGCCAGGCAUGAAAACAUCCGCAGAUCCUAAUUGACCUUGCCAUGUUUUUGCAAUGGAUAGGGACACGGCACAAUUCACGACUCGAUUGCCAUCGUUUAUAAAGUGGGGGGGGGAGCGCAGCGUGUAAAUGUUUAAUAGGGGCAGCGUGCAUGUGUGUGCGCGCGCGGGGCAUCUGUGUUCGGCAUCAAGUUGUGCUUUUGUACUAUACGAUUCACGCCCGUCCUGUGUUUCAUUAAAAUAAACACCGGCUUGUUCGUUCUGUACAUGUGUUCUCGGCGUAUGUUAAAUGGUGAUGUAUAAAGGUCACAAGCAAUUGUUGGUUGCGUGUCAGUGCCUAGGGGCUAUGGAAAAUGUGUACGUCGUGAACAGUUUUGCAAUGAACCCGAUGUUAUCUGGAUGGGGUGCUUCAAGCUUUUGUUGGCUUUUAACGUCCCUAAGGCAAAGGUUGAGCAUUGGUGCCUGACGGUGCAGCUCAAUUUGUCGCAGGCGCUUCCCAAGCCUUAAUUGAUAAUUGCGUUAACGAGCUGAAAAAUAUCGUCGUGUGCACCGCGCACGCAGAACUCGCCAACGCGAGUGCUUGUUGGUCGCGGCAAAGUCACGGUGACCUUGGGUAUCAAGUUUUUCAUGGUUUAGUUCCUUGGGGGGGGGGGGGGGGGGGCGGUGUUAUCCUCAAUUUGAAACCUGUAGGAGGCAAUUUUGGAGUUAAUAUGGCAUGAAGGGGAAUACAAGUUUGGCUGUUUUAUUUUUCAUUUUGUUUUUUCCACCGGAUUUAGUUUGUUUCAGCCGGCAAUAUCAAAUAUCCACCGCUUACUUCAUUGGUUAUGUUUAGAUGGCAUACAUUACUUUUAUUUACAUGUUUUUAUCAUGGUAAUACAGGUUGUUUGGCGUGGUACAUUGGUUAGCACUGCGCUGUGAACCUGGCGACUUGAGUUUGAUUCCUGGCCACGGUUAACAUAAAUGGCUCGGUGAUAUCUCGACUGAUCCCUGAAGGACCUCCAAUUCCCUUCGUCCCACGCUCACCUAACAUGAAGCAUGGUCAAACAGCCUCCAUGACUCAACCUGCGUGGUCAAUCCAGCAGUGGAUUGUCAAAAGGGCCAUAUGUUUUUGAAUGCACAGAUUGUUACGAUUCCACUCUGUUUCAGUGCUGUGAGAUAUCUCCAUGCCAAAGAUGUCUGUGUUGUAUAAACACUGACGAUGGUGUUUAAAUUAUAUGGUUGCUAAAGUAUGCAAGUCAUGAAAUACCAAAACUUUUGUGUAAAUCAGAACUUUAAUCAACAUUGAUUUGAGCAUAGAUGUUGUCUUGAAAAUGUGUUCUAUUUGGUUUUUCGGCCAAGUCACGUAGAAAUAAGAAAUACUAAAAUUACAUAAUAGCAUACUACAUAAUAGCAUACGACGUUUCGAUUGCAACGCAAGCAAUCAUCAGCACAGAAGAGCUAUUAUGCAAUUGUAUUAUAUCUUAUUUCUACGUGACUUUACCGAAAAACCAAUGAGUAAUUCCUGCAGUCACGGAAGCGCCAAAUCAAAUGUGUUCUGUUUGUAGAUCAAGGCAGCAAAUACAAGACUCAUUUUUA